AAUAAGAAUAAGAAUAAUAAUAAUAAUAAUAAUAAUAAUAAUAAUAAUAAUAAUAAGAAGAAGAAGAAGAAGAAGAAGAAGAAGAAAAGGAGGAAGAAGAUAAGGAGUAAGAGGAGGAGGAAGAAGAGCAAGAAGAAGAAUAACAGAAGAAGAAGAGAAGGAAGAAGAAGAAGAGGAAAAGGAGGAAGAAGAAGAAGAGGAAAAGGAGGAAGAAGAAGUUUCCACCUGGUGCUGACACUAUGUCCACAGUGAUGGCGUCUAUAAUGAAGCAGAUAUGUGAGAAUAAUGGCUCUAUGCUUUAUGACGACUUGGUAUCUGAAUUUAGAAGCGGACUAAGUGGUAACUGGUGUAACAGCGUCUUCCUCGACCGAGUUCUAGAAGGAAACGAAUCUCUCGUUACGGUUUUGAUAAACGGACAGAAAACAAUCAUAGCUAAAACCGGAGUAAAGCUGUGCAGGGCGAAGGACUGCAACGGAUGCAUGAAUUUACACCUGUGCAAGUUUUUCUUAUUCGGUGACUGUCAGUACGGAAGAGGAAGGCGAGGAUGCCGUUUUAGUCAUGACCUACAGACGGCGCAAAAUGCUAAAGUCCUUAAGAAUCAUGGCCUGGAUCAGCUGGACAGGAGAGAGCUCUGUAUCUUACUGCUCCAGAGUGACAACAGCAUCCUACCUCCAGUCUGUCAUUCUUACAACAACGGCUCGGGACUGUACGGGAGAUGUGGGGACGGUGAGAACUGCAAACGGCUGCAUAUUUGCGAAAAGUACCUGAGAGGGCAGUGCCAGUGUUCACGAGCACACGAUUUCUAUGAACCCCAUCCUCUGAAAACGCUGCAGGACCGAGGUGUUCCCACUGAGCUCAUGGCAUCUAUGAAGACUACCUACUCAAACAUCGAGACCUUAAGGAUAAUGGCUAAAGCAAAGUUACCGCAAAAUGUUCAAGAGCACAGCGGCAAGAGAUCCGCUAGAAAUGACAACCGGCAGAAACGGCCAUCCAUCGAUGCGAAUGCUACAGGUAGUGGAGUCUCCAGGUCCAAAAGAGAGAAAAAAGAGAUCUGUAUGUACUUUAUCAAAGGACAUUGCAGGAACGGAGAUAAUUGUUUUAAAGAGCACUCCAAGGUGCCAUAUAAAUGGGAGGUGAAGGAGGGAUUCAACUGGGUAGCUCUUCCUGACAACGAGGGUAUAGAGAAAGAUUACUGUAACCCAGCUAAAACAUACAGCUCUGGAGUCUGCUUUGACACAAUGACCCGUGGGUGUGACGUGGUGCGGCGUCUCUCGACCGUGUCCUCUGUAAUUCAACCCAACUACAUCCUCACCACCUGUUGGGUGUGGUACUGGGAGGAUGAGUUUGGUAACUGGAUCCAGUAUGCUGCAUCAAGCGGAGGCCACAACACAGCUUCCAUCACCAGCGAGGAGCUGGAGCAGAAGUUUACCCAGGACAACAAAGCAGAGAUAGAGUUCACGGCUGGCUCGCAAACGUACACGCUCAGCUUCCAAGAUAUGAUACAGACUAACAAGCGUUACAUGACCAAGAAGCUUGUAAGGCGUCGACCCAUAUUCGUGUCAGCAGCAGAUGCAGAAAUAAGCAGAACCACCAAACCAGUUCCCAGCAGUCAGAUGAAAAUGCUGCCAAGCCACUGGAACAAAGCGCUGACACCUGAGAUCGGUUAUAAGAAAAUGCAACUGCAGAAUGAUUCGAAUGAAUACAGCGCAAUCGAGCGUCUGUUCAAAACCACCAUGAACGGUUUUAGCAUUCAGCAGAUUGAGAGGAUACAAAACCGAGGCCUUUGGGAAGUGUUUCAGUGGCAGAAGGAUCAGAUGAAAAAGAAUAACUCUGGGAAGAACGUUGUAGAAAAACAGCUGUUCCAUGGGACGAACUCCAAUCACAUUAAUGCCAUCUGCCGCGAUAAUUUUGACUGGAGAAUCUGCGGUACUCACGGCACGGCCUACGGGAAAGGGAGCUAUUUUGCCAGAGAUGCGAACUACUCACACGGCUACACCGGAGACUCCACAACACGCUGCAUGUUCGUCUGCCGUGUCCUAGUGGGUGACUACACUGCUGGCCACUCCAGCUACACCCGCCCUCCCUCCAAAGACGGAGGAGACACCAACUUUUACAACAGCUGCGUGAAUGACGUCCAAAACCCCUCCAUAUUCGUAGUGUUUGAGAAGCAUCAGAUCUAUCCUGAGUAUCUCAUUACAUACAGUGAUGUACAGAGUCAGCCAGCAUCCUCAUAUUACACCCCUUCUGCAGUCAACAGACGGGUUGUUCCUCCUUCAACUUCUACAUAUAACCCCAGGCCUGUUCCUAGAGUAACUCCGACAUAUCAACCCCAACCUUCUACAACAUCAUAUUCUUCACAGUAUUCAUACGCAAGAUCUUCUACGUCUCAGCCACCCAAACAAGACAACUCCUGCAUUAUCUGCUAAAGACGUGACAAAAGACCCGAAGAGGAGACAGUUUUAUUUUUACAGUUAAGUACUGGAAAGUCUGUUCAGGACAAACUGGAAGUCACUAAAAAUGUAUUAGAUAAAUUAAAUAUCAAUGAACAUCUAGUCAACGAUAUGACAAACUUAAAAAGUCCCAAAGAUAAGAAAGCUGUGAAAGAGCUAAAUGAUAGAUUCUUUUUCUUUCUAUAUUUGAAACACAAGGCAGGUAAAGCAGGUAGAUGGUAGCAACAUGAAACGGUUUUAAAGAAGGUCGUGCACAUUUUAUUAACAUUUACUUCACUUUAAUCUUCACUGAGUUGAUUAAUCUUUCACUAAUUAACGUAAGCCUCUGUCUCUGUGGAAUGUUUUUUUUUUUUUCCUCUCUUCAUGCUAAUAUCUAAUAUCGUUAUGCAUUUCCAUGACAGAUCUUACCCUUAACUACAAAAUGUUUACAAAUUGAAACAUUUGAAGAAAUAUUUGAUCAUUUAAAAUGAUGCCAUGGUCUCAAAUUGUGUUUUACGUUUAUCACCCAGGUUUCAAAAAGGGCUUUACUUACAGUACUUAAACAUUUAGUUCAGUGUUUUCAGUCAGGUGGAAUUUCAAUCUGAAUCGAAUUCAUUUAAUCACACACAAAAUGAUUUGAAUCAUUUAAAUCAAUCAAAUCCUUUUGACUCAGGAUUCCUGGGUAUUAUAUAUCCUGUCUGCUCAGGUUUCAGAAUAAUAAAUACAACUGUAUUAAA